CAGGAAAUAAACAGGAAAGUGAUGGUUUUCAGGAUGAAGUUACUAAUUAUGACUGUGCUAUUUUACUAUGGGUGCUGUGAGGACACGGUGACAGUGAGGGAGCCCCCCGCGCGCCCCGCGCCCCCCGCCAACAGGAUCGUCAGGGGACACCCCACCACCGUCAAGACAUACCCUUACAUGGCGUAUUUAACUUUAUUUUUUACGAUGCGUGGUCAGAAACUGCUGCCAGAGGCCUGCGGGGGCGUGAUACUCACACAGCACCACGUGCUCACCGCUGCGCACUGCUUACAUCGAAAAAUCAAUGACACUACAGCUGUUACUGGCACUACCAUCUUGAGGGCAUCUGAAGUUGUCAUUCGCGUCGGAUCUACCUACAAUGACCGCGGAGGCUCAGAGCAUGCGACGUCCAAGAUCGUGGUCCACGAGGACUACAAAUAUUCGGAGCUUCGAAGAUUCGAAAAAGACAACGACGUGGCAGUGUUGGUGCUGCCGACCAGUAUAAGCAACUACCGGAGCAGCUCGGUGCAGCCAGCCGCCAUGCCCCCGAGGGGGUAUGUGGUCCCGGACAACGCGUCUGUGGUAGCUGUCGGGUGGGGACAGACUGAUAUGAAAUGCAACAAGUCAACCCCCCUCGGCCUGCGGCACGUGGGGCUGCGCACGGUGGACCGAGACACCUGCGCCGCGCGGUGGGGGGCUCCGGCCGUAGACUCCAUGCUCUGCGCGGCGCUGCUUGAUGUUGGAGGAGCUGGUGUUUGUAUGGGUGACUCAGGUGGUCCCCUGGUGUACAACGGGGUGGUGGUGGGGGUGGCCGCGUUUAUUAUGACAUGCGACGAUUCCUUCUACCCUCAUGUGUUCAUGCGCGUCUCUAGCUAUAUCGACUGGAUCAACAACACUGUAAGUCAAAACCAGGUUGUGGCUGUGCACAAGAACAGUCACAACACCGCCGUGGCAGCUGACGUCACCAGUCUGAUGCUACUCGCCUUCGCAACGUCAAUUUGGAUAUUGUUUUCCGAAAUCUGAUUAUUUUUUUAAGUAAGAUGAUAGUUUUACACCCAGUUGCAGAAACGUCCUUUAAGUUUUAAAAACAUCAUUAAACCUUAAAGUCCAAUUAAGUCGUUGCAGAAAAGCACUUUAAUGUGACGUUUUAUGAGACUUUUAAAUUUAUCUAAUGAAAUGUCAAAUUUACCCUAAUGAAAUGUCAAUGUCGUUUUUUCUUCACUUUUGCGUUGCACAAAGCCACAUUAGCCACUAAAGUGACUUUAUUUUGACGUUUGGUCCCUUCAAAUAUACUUCAAAUCUAAUGAGCCAAAAAGCAUCCAUUAUAACCAAUUUUAAAAUUAUUUUCUUAUAAUAAUUUAUGUAUUUGAAACUAUUUCAAUCAGUGUAAUGUCUUAAACAGAAUUGUAAUCGUUAUUAUAGCAGAGGAAAACAUGUAUGUGCUUGAAUCGGAACCAAUACACAAGUACUCAUUACCAAAAUUUCGCAAUCUAUCUAUGCAGUGUUAUCUCUUUAUAAAUAAAAAACAGUAUUUAAAAAUUGUAUUUUUAAUGUUUAAUAUUACUACAAUAGUAGGUAAUUCAUAUUUAUAACUAUGAUUGUUGAAUAAAAGUUAUCUAUUCAAUUCUCUGCGGGUUGUUAGUGCCUGCACCUCUGGCUCUCUGAUGAAACCUGCCCAGCCUGCGUCUGCAUAUCCACAAAGCGGCUUUCCUGUACUUCUUCAAUACGUACAACCCGCGCAAAGUUUCUAGACACCUGGCCCAAAAAUCUACCCCUCUCCCCUUUCCCCGCGCGAGGCCCCGCUCUCGUCCUUUUUUAGCGUUAGCAUAAGAAUUAUCAGACGAUUACCUAACAAUAAAUAUUUUUU